AUGGGAAAUAAUGAUACAGGAUUGUUGACUCAACUUUUCAUGAGGAUGGCGCAAUAUAAAAAUAUUUAUUUUAGAUAUAUAUUAGGAGAAUUGGGAUAUACCAAGGAAGCAUGUGAACAAAUUCCAGAAAACAAUGCCAUUAUUGGGUUUUGUGAGGGACUGGUACAUGCAUGGGAAUUAUACAAUAAUACAGAAGCUAUUAUAUUGUUUAUUGUUGAGGAUGUGACUUAUAAUAUAUGUGAUCAAAGAUUUCACGAAUUUCAAAUUCGUCAGUUAUGUCCUAAGAUAAAGAUUAUUAGAAGAAGUUUAACAAGCUUAACAUUGGAGGAAGUAAAACUGGGACCAAAUAAGGAAUUAAUUGUUGCAAAUAUGAUAGUGGCUGUAGUUUAUUAUCGUUCUGGUUAUGAACUCGAAGCUUAUCCUACAGAAAAGGAAUGGGAUAUUAGAUUGUUAAUUGAACGUUCUCAAGCAAUAAAAUGUCCAUCAGUACAAUAUCAUUUAGCAGGCACUAAAAAAGUACAACAAUCUUUGACUCAAUCCAGUGUAUUGAAAAAAUUUCUAAAAGAUGAAACAUCUGUUGCUAGAGUGCAAGAAAUAUUUACUGGAUUAUAUACAUUAGACUUUAAUAAGGAUGGAGAAAAAGCAGUGGAAAUGGGUAUAAAUAAUCCAAACAAAUUUGUUCUCAAACCACAAAGAGAAGGAGGAGGAAAUAACAUAUAUAAUGAAGAUAUAAGGACAUGGUUGAGUUCGAUGAGAGACUCUCAGGAGAGGACGGCGUGGAUUCUCAUGGAUCGCAUUUUUCCCCCAUUACAAAAGAACUAUCUGAUACGUGCCGUUGAAGAACCGUCAAAAGAUAAUUUUGAUUUAUCGGAGGUUGUAACAGAACUUGGCGUAUAUGGAGUGAUAAUAGGGGAUAGCAAUAAUAUAAUACUAAAUAAACAAGUUGGACAUAUUUUAAGGACCAAAUCGUCGAGCGAAGACGAAGGCGGCAUAGUGGCAGGUAUUGGUGCCCUUGAUAGUCCCUAUCUAAUUAGUUGAAGUAAAAUUACUUCUACAGAGAGUAAUAUAUAUAUAUUAUAACAAAUAAUAUAGACUAUGUUAUUUAAA